AUGAGCGCACCAGCGGCACCGAUGCGCUCACCAGCAGCGCUGCUGGAGGUCGUCGCAGCCGCCGCGCUUGAGGCGGCAGAGGCGGACGAGGCAGAUGAGGCAGAAGAUGCGGAAGAAGCCGCGGACGACGCCGAAGCAGCGGAUGCAGAGAGAACGGAGGAGGCAGACGAGGCAGCGGACGCAAUGGCGCUGGUCGCGCUGGCGACGGCGCUGGAUGAGCCGCCGACGGAGGCGCAAAUCUCGUUUGUGAUGGACAGGACCUCUGUUGAAACGGAGAAGGGGGCGCCGCGGUUAGCGAGACGGUUCUUGCUCCUGGACGAUGAAACAACAUCGCCGUUGUCUGGGACUUACUAG